CUCUGCUUUUUCAAUGUUGUUCUUUCAGCAGGGAACUCACUCGUCUGUAUCAGUGAGGAGGGGAUUUGAGUGUAUUGCGCUUGUGCAACUUUAUUUUAGAAGUGAAACUAUCAACAGAUAUAUAGCUACACUUGAAGGUCUUAAAACGGCUUUAAAUAUUAUGAAAGUCGUUUGAUGUUUGUCAACAUUUUAUUGCAAAUCACAUUUCAUUGUCUGAACAUAGUUCUAAGAAUUUGGGUUUUGUAGAUUCCUUAUGUCCCGAAAAUCCAGCGAUAAUGAAUAUAAUCUUAGGAGCUUAAGCAAUCUGAUGGGGGAGAGAAGAAAGAAAGUCAACGACGAUGGAGAGAGGAGUCUCAUCAAGGCUCCCUCCAGCUCCAGUAUCAACAGCCAGGGCUCGACCGCAGCUGCUACGGGGGACUUGGAAAGAGCAGCUCGAAAGCAGUUCCAGCAAGAUGUGACACCUGGAUUCGUGUAUGUCCUGGCGAUCUUCUCUGCUUUGGGAGGCUUCCUCUUUGGCUAUGACACCGGAGUUGUCUCGGGAGCGAUGCUCCUGCUCAAGAAGGAAAUGAAUUUGAGUGCUCUCUGGCAGGAGCUUUUGGUCUCUAGUACUGUCGGCUCGGCGGCUGUGUCUGCUUUGGCUGGCGGAGCUUUGAAUGGGGUAUUCGGGCGCAGAGUGUGCAUCUUGUUGGCUAGCUUCAUUUUCUCCGCCGGGGGAAUAGUGCUAAGCGUUUCCCCAACGAAAGAGAUUCUUCUCGUUGGAAGAGUUGUGGUUGGACUCGGAAUAGGUAUUGCUUCCAUGACAGUACCAGUGUAUAUUGCAGAGGCUGCCCCUCCUCAGCUGAGAGGACAAUUAGUGACCAUCAACACCCUCUUCAUCACUGGUGGACAGUUCAUUGCAAGUGUCAUUGAUGGGGCUUUCAGCUACCUUCCAAAGGAUGGAUGGAGAUACAUGCUGGGUCUUUCAGUUGUCCCAGCAGUGCUGCAGUUCCUCGGGUUUCUGUUUCUUCCUGAAAGUCCACGCUGGCUUAUCCAGAAAGGAAAGACUCAGAAGGCCCGUCGGGUUCUCAGCCAGAUCCGGGGCAAUCAAAACAUAGACGAAGAGUAUGAAAGCAUUAAAAGCAGCAUUGAUGAGGAAGAGAAAGAAGCUGGAGGAGGUGGACUGGUGAUAUGGAGGAUGCUAACCUAUGCCCCUGCUCGAAGAGCUCUCAUUGUAGGUUGUGGAUUACAGAUGUUCCAGCAGCUGUCUGGGAUCAAUACAGUCAUGUACUACAGUGCUACAAUCCUCCAGAUGUCAGGGGUAAAGGAUGAUAAAAUGGCAAUCUGGCUGUCGGCAGUUACUGCCUUCACAAACUUCAUUUUCACUCUGUUUGGCGUUUGGUUAGUGGAAAAAGUAGGCCGUCGAAAGUUGACUUUGGGUAGUUUAACAGGUACCAGCCUGAGUCUUCUGGUCCUGGCAAUUGGAUUUUUACUCUCUGCGCAGCAUUCACCUCCUGUGAUCCUGCACCCAACAGACCCCUCUACUCCCAACUCAACUUGCUCUCAAUAUGGGUUCUGUGACAGCUGUAUGCUGGACCCAGGCUGUGGGUUUUGUUACCAGGAGAACAGUUCCUCCAUUUUUGCCUCUUCCUGUGUUCCUGUCAAUAAAGCCUCCACUGAAGAAGCCGAAUGGGGCAGGUGCUCAAAUGCAACAGUGAUGAAAGAAGGAAUAUUUUGGGCUUACAAUUACUGCCCCACACCCUAUUCCUGGACUGCACUUCUGGGCCUUAUUUUAUACCUGAUGUGUUUUGCACCUGGAAUGGGACCAAUGCCUUGGACAGUGAACUCAGAAAUCUAUCCUCUGUGGGCCAGGAGCACAGGGAAUGCCUGUUCAGCAGGGGUGAAUUGGACGUUUAAUGUGCUGGUGUCGCUGACAUUCCUUCAUGUGGCUCAAUACCUCACCUAUUACGGUGCAUUCUUUCUUUAUUCAGGACUUGCAACUGUAGGAUUUCUCUUUGUCUUUGGUUGCCUUCCAGAGACAAAAGGAAGACGACUAGAGGAAAUUGAAUCAUUAUUUGAAAACCAGUUAUGUACAUGUGGGGCUUCAGAUUCUGAUGAAGUUUCACAAGAUUACGGGUCAGUUAUACACAGAGAGGAGAACACGGGACCUGAAAAUGAAAUUGCAUAUAUUUGUGUAAGUAUUUAAGUGUGUAUUAAAAAACUCUUCAGUACCUGUAUAACAUUGAUGGGUAAAAAAAAUUGUAAUUGAAAACAUUCUUUAAUUCAUUAAACAGCUUUUUUUAAAAAACAAUUAGUAUAGGGAUUCUUCCUUGUCAGUACAAUAUUUACAUUUGCUUCUUACAAAAGUUGUUAUAACUCUAUUUUAGUAUUCAAUUUGGUCUAAAACCCAGUAUGAAAUGCAACCACAUAUACUGUAGCUUUAUAAUUAGGAAGAUUACAAUUCUUUAUGAGGAUUCCCUUUAUAAAUCACAAGAAUUAAUCUUAAUUCAGAGUGAAUAUUCCUUUUUAUGUUGCCUUGUUUAAAUCAUAAUUGGAUAUGCUUUCAUGCUACACACUAUGUCUUACCAUCAUCAGUUUAUUUUACAUAUUACAUUUUUUUCCACUUCAGUUGAGAUUUUUUUCAUGUUUUUCAGCUUUAAUAUUUGCAUAAUUGCACCUAACCAAGAAGAUGAGUGAAUUACCAGAAAUAUUAUUCUCCAGACCAGAAGCAGAGGGUAUUUUUGUACACAACAUAUUUUAUUUUAUCUUACUUUUAAUUUCAGGUAAAAUGUUUACAGUUGUUGCAUAUGAAAUGUCAUACCAAUUUUCUUUUAAUAAAAAGGUAGUUGUACAUUUUUUGGAGCUUUUUUUGUCUUCCUCUGUAGCCUUGUGUACAAAUAAAUUGCAUAUCUUACCUUAAAUGGCAGAGUGGGAUAAAUGUGUUAUACUGUAAAUGUAAAAAAUAAUGUACUUUGAAAAUGUUUUAAUACAUGGUAGUAAACACAAAUGGUCUAUUUUAGGUGGUAUAAUAAUGUAAACACACCUCUAUAGCCAGUCAUCCAUAGUUUAGAGUCCAGCUGACUGUAGUCAGUUUUUGAGGUGAUUGAAAACAAGUUGUGCGUUAUCUGUGACAACAGCAAAUGACUUCUAACAGUAUCAAGAGUCUCUUCAGUAGUGUACGUUUCUACUUUAACAUCACUGCUAUUUAAAGUAAUACAAGUUAAUACUGUUUUGUGACAAAUUAUAUGUUUACCCAAGACCUGAUGUAUUACAUGUUUUGUCAAGAUUUCUGUUUAAUACUAUAAUUCAGUCUAGAAACUGUAAAAUUGCAGAACUGUUUAAUGAUGAUUUUGAAAUAUGUUGUAUACUUCAUUUUUAAAGUUAAUGUAGGCUUGGUUAUGGGGGAUUCACUUCAUGUUCAUUAACUGUAUUUGCAAAAGAAAAUUCUGCUGUGGGUUGUCUAGUUACAGGAAAAUUAAAAAAUUAUUAAGGAAAAAUAAUGUUUUGAUUCAUGAAAAAAAAUAAUAUAUUUGUUAUCACACCAAACCAGGUAGUAUUGCAUCAGUUUUUCUUUCCACAAAUCAGAUAAGCUUUAUUAAUAGGUCUUUUAAUGUGCAAAACAUUAUCACCUAUUAAGACAACAUACCUGUACAAAUUAAAAUGUUGAGUUUAUCUGAUAUGACAUGUCGUAUGUCAAAUUUAUUUUCUUUAAAUUCAACAUAAAAUUAGUAUUUAUAUCUGGUAUUUGACUGCAGUGUUGCUAAACAUAACACUUCCAGCUCUUGGCAAGCCAGGUUUUAUUCUUUGUCUUUGCUUUAACCACCAGGCAGGGCCUCUUGAGUAAUUUAUAGUGGAUAGGUGCAAUUUUCCUAUGUGAAACAAUCGUAAUUGAUAAAAAAAAAUGUUUAUACAGUUUAUGAAAUAUAAGAGUGGAACAAUACUUAUGAAUUUCGUGCUGUAUAGUUUAAUUGGUUAUUGUUGCUGUAAAAUGUUUUAUUAGAGUUUAUCUUUAUAUAAAUCUACAUAUAUUCAUGAACUUUUAUCACUGUAAAUGG